AUGGGCAAGGAUAAACAGAAAAGUAUAGAUGUGUUUUUUAAAAAGAAAGUAGUAUCUGAAAGUGAAUCAAGUGAUGCUCCUACGAACAUAAUUUCUGAAAUUGGUGCACCUUCUCAUGAGCAAUCUCCUUCAAAGUGUCGUAGAAUUGAACAUACUGAUGAUGUUAUUAUGGUCAAAAAUAAAUUUUUUGAACGAGUUCCAGGCAAACGUAAGCCAAUUUGGGAAUAUUUAGCUAAAGAAGUCGAUGAGAUACAGAGAGCUUAUUUAAUAGCUGGGCCAUAUCAACCUAAAUGCUCCUAUCCAUUUUCAAAAGAAAAACAUCAUCGACGUUUUCAAGCUUCUUGGUUCAAAGAAUUUUCUUCGUGGCUUGAGUAUUCACCUUGUAUAGAUGCUGCAUUCUGUUUACCAUGUUAUCUUUUCACUACAAAGGUCGGCGCACGACAUGGUUGGGAUGCAUUCACAAUCAAAGGUUUUAAUGGUUGGAAUAGAGGGUGUGCUUUUAGAGGACAUGAUGAGACUAUUAAUUCAAGAAAUAGUGGUAAUUUUAUUGAAAUGAUCAAACUGUUGGCAUCUUACAAUGAAAAAGUUGCAGAUGUUGUUCUAAUUAAUGCUCCAUUGACAGCCAAGUAUACCUCACCUCAAAUACAAAGGGAGAUUUUACAUGUUCUAGCAAACAAAGUGCGAAAACAGAUUCUGCUGGAUAUUGGGGACUUUAAGUUUUGUAUUAUUGUGGAUGAAUCACGUGAUGAAUCGAAAAGGGAACAAAUGGCUCUUGUCUUGAGAUUUGUUGACAAAGAUGGUUUUAUAAAAGAGAGAUGUUUUGAUCUUUAUCACGUUCAAGAUACAUCUUCUAUGACACUUAAAAAUGCUAUUAGUGACAUACUCUCACAUCAUUGCCUUGAUAUCCAAAAUAUUUGUGGCCAAGGAUAUGAUGGUGCUAGUAACAUGCGUGGUGAAUGGAAUGGAUUGCAAGCAUUAUUUCUUAAUGAAUGUCCUUGUGCUUAUUAUGUGCAUUGUUUUGCCCAUCGAUUACAAUUAGCCUUGAUUGCUGCCUCUAAGGAAGUUUCUUCUAUUUAUCAAUUCUUCCAGAAUUUGAAUUUCAUCAUUAAUAUUGUCACUGCUUCUUCUAAACGUCAUGAUCAAUUCCAAGCUGCCCAAAUUUUUGAAUUUGAACAUUUGCAAGCUAUUGGCGAGCUUGAAACUGGUACAGUACUUGAAAAAAAUCGCAAUGAAGGCUCAAAUUACUCUCAAAGAGGGGAUGCUAUAGCAGCUUAUAAGAUGAUCACUUCUUUUGAGUUUAUAUUUAAUUUACUUUUGAUGAAGAAGAUCAUGGGCAUCACUGAAAUUCUUUGUCAAGCCUUACAACAAAAAGCUCAAGAUAUUUUGAAUGCUAUACAUUUAGUUUCAAGUACAAAGGAACUUAUUCAAGAAUUACGAGAUGGUGGUUGGAAAAGAAUACUUGAAAGUGUUGUCAAUUUCUCCAAGCUUCAUGAGAUAGAUGUUCCAGAUUUUGAUGCUCAAUAUAUUGAAGGUUGUGGCCAUCGACAACAUGAACAAAUAACUAUUGAGCAUCACUAUCAUUUUGAUAUUUUUAAUUCAACCAUUGACUUUCAGUUACAAGAGUUAAAUAGAAGGUUUAACGAGCAAACAACAGAACUUUUAUCACUUAGCUCUUCAUUAGAUCCGAAGAAUGGUUACAAAGCAUUCAAUGUUGAUGAUAUUUGUAGCCUUGCAGAGAAAGACUAUCCUCUUGAUUUUUCCGAGCAAGAGAGAAUUAUUUUGAAUUGUCAAUUGAAGCAUUUCCACAAGGACAUCCCAAAACAUCCAAAACUUCAAAAUUUAUCUUCAAUUUCUGAGUUGUGUCAAGGAUUAGCUCAGACAGGAAAGUCAAAUUCCUAUCAUUUGGUUGAUAGGUUAAUUCGUCUUAUCUUAACACUACCAGUUUCAACAGCAAGUGGUGAACGUGCAUUCUCAGCAAUGAAAAUUGUGAAAACAAGACUUCGAAACAAAAUGGAGGAUGACUUUCUUGCAAAUAAUUUAAUUGUGUAUAUUGAAAGAGAGAUUGCUGAAACUUUUACUACAGAUUCUAUCCUUGAAGAUUUCGUCAAUCUAAAAGAGCGUCGUUUACAAUUUUAG